UUGUCUUUUUUACUUGAUGCUUUUAUCACUAGUAGCUAUUGCGUCGAUCGUCGGCCUUGGCAGCGCAAUUGAUACUAAGCGUGCUGGUCAAGGAUGCUAUUACACAAGAGAAUUACAGAAAAUAGUUUGUGCCGAUAUGGCACUCAGGGGUUCUUCAUCAAUAAUACAAUUUUUCACUUUGGCGGUGUCAACGAGGGCGUCGAAUUCGGAAACGUAACCAAGCCAGGCGUAGUAGAUCGCUUGGAAUCCGUAGAUAUAAAGAAUUUUGCAACCACAAGAUUCGACUCGCCUCUGAAUGGUUAUCCUCCCGGACUUUAUUAUCACGGAACAGUCCCUGAUCCCGAAGGUCAUUUAUUCACCAUAAUUGGUGGACUUAUGCAUGACGGCAACGACAUGGCCCAACCAAAGAAAUUAAGAGACAUGCAAUCGUUUGCCUAUGCGAGACCCUCCGACAGCAUGUACCUCAUGGCAAAUUUAAGAGAAGGAUCGGCCAUGCCGGAGCAGAGAUGGGGACAUACGCUAGUCUAUAAUUCCGAGGGUCAGAUCGUGCUGUUUGGAGGAUGCGAUUUGAAUAACAAAGCCAUCAACUCCAAUAUUUGGAUAUUUGAUCACGCAACUACGUCGUGGAUACAAAAGCCUACAAAGGGCGACGCACCAUCUCCGCGAUGCAUGCAUUCAGUGGUUGUCAUUGAUGAUUAUAUGGUGGUCCUCUUUGGAAAAAAUGCCGACAAUUCCUAUGUGAACGAUCCAGUUGUGGCUCUCAAUAUGCAGACAAUGGAAUGGAGCAAGGAGCUCCGAUUAGGUGCCGUUCCUUCGACCUCUUCGUCUGCCAGUAUCGAUUACGGUGCAACCAACGGUGCUGAAGCUCUCGGUGCCGGUGCCACUGGCGGCUCCUCUGGUCUAGGCGGUGGAGCUAUUGCCGGCAUUGUCAUUGGUGCAACGAAAGCAGCCACGCCAAACACACACUUAUGACGGCUACGUUUCGGAACCAUUGAACGACCGCCACCCCGCGACACAGCACGGACCUGGUCACGAUACAGGCUACACGUCGGAACCAUACAGAGGCCACACCUCUUCCGAUGGAACCGUCAUGUCCGAAACUUUGGUGUCCGGAGGAAAGGGCGGCCCCAUCAGUAUGGCACCAGUCGAAAUGCUACGAAAACCCGACGGUAUUUAACACGGGCGGAAACCAAAAGUCAAAAUAUCAUAUUAUUAUCUUUUAUUUUUUUU